AUCUGUGUAUGGAGAAACACCGGAAAAUUAACCAUUUUAUAUUACGUAUACUCCAAGAAGUGGAUGAAGAAAUUAAAAAGGGACUGGAAAAAGGAAUCACAGUAAACAUUGCUGGUAACAAUCGUUUAAUACCAGUAGAAAGAGUAACAGGUGAAGAUUUUUGGAUUCUUUCCAAACUUUUAAAGAAUCAUCCGUGUAUUUCUGGUUUGGAUGUUAGAUAUAACCUCCUAAGUGAUGUUGGCGCAUACUAUGCUGCAAAGCUGCUGCAGAAACAACUUUAUCUCGUUUACUUAAACCUUAUGUUUAAUGAUAUUGGGCCAGAUGGGGGAGAACUCAUUGCCAAAGCACUACGUAAGAAUACAACCCUGAAAUAUCUAAGAAUGACUGGAAACAAGAUUGAAAAUAAAGGUGGAAUGUUUUUUGCUACAAUGUUGCAAAUAAAUUCCUCUUUAGAGAAAUUAGAUCUGGGUGACUGUGAUCUGGGAAUGCAAAGUGUGAUAGCAUUUGCUACUGUACUAACUCAAAACCAAGCAAUUAAGGGAAUGAACCUCAACCGACCCAUACUGUAUGGUGAACAGGAAGAGUCCACCAUUCACCUAGGCCACAUGUUGAAAGAAAAUCACUUCCUUGUUGAACUACAUUUGUGUAAGCAUGAUAUAAAAAAUAGUGGUUUACAACAGUUAUGUGACGCACUGUAUCUUAACAGUAGCCUACGGUACCUUGAUGUCAGCUGCAAUAAGAUAACUCAUGAUGGGAUGGUGUAUUUGGCUGAUGUACUGAAAUGCAAUACUACUCUGGAAGUAAUAGAUCUUUCUUUUAACAGAAUAGAAAAUGCAGGAGCAAACUAUCUCAGUGAAACUCUAACUUCACACAACAGAAGUCUUAAAGCGUUGUCAGUAGUCAGCAACAACAUAGAGGGAGAAGGUCUUGUUGCACUUUCAAAAUCAAUGAAAACAAACCCCACAUUCUCUAAUAUCUACAUUUGGGGAAACAAAUUUGAUGAGGCUACGUGUGUGGCAUAUUCAGAUUUAAUUAAAAUGAGCUAUCUAAAACCAGACAAUACAGAUGUGGAGCCAUUUGUGGUAGAUGGACGUGUGUAUCUUGCAGAACUCUCCAAUGGCCUUAAAAAACACUAUUAUUGGACACCAACUUACGGAGAAGCUUAUGGCCAUUCGUCUAAUGCAGGUUUUGCUCUUGUUCCAGUAGGUCAACAUCUAUGAAAAAAGAGCUCUGAAAUAGUUUUCUACAUUUCUCUAAUUGCUUUUGGAAUGUGGCCCAUUAUAUGUAUUUUCUUUCAUAAAUUAGAAAAGUUACUUUUGACAAAUGUAUAAAGGUACGACUUUAUUA